GCGACUUAGCGAGUUAUCAGUUUCCCCAGCACACACUCGAGCAGCCUCUAUCUGCAGCUCGCCUUCAUUACCUACACUGCCACGGAUCGUCGUUUUUCCUUCGUUGGCGUAUACUAGAGAGAGAUCAGCGGUACUCCAUUUCCAGCUUCUUCGUCAUUACAUGCUCAUGGCAAAUAUAGCCUUUUUUCUUUCUUCUACUAGUACCCCCAUCACUCUUUAAAAAUUCCGCCGAAAAAGAGAAGACGAUUAUCCCAAAAAAUUGGGCCGUUAUCUCACGGCACACCACUUUCUGUGCAGGUGUACAACAAUUACCCAGAAGGGCUAGGGGCGGCUCUCUACCGCGAGCAGUUUGACUUCAACGCGGAGCCGCCUUGGGAUCCUAGCUGAUAGUGGGAGAGCUCCAUCUCCUGACUUGUCCAUUUUGUUGCAUAUUUCUAGGACCCCAGCGGCUCUGAGAGGACUGACUAUACAACUUGCUUUAUGAUUGUCGGAUUUGCGGAAUACGGUUGAGAUGAAAGGACUUGCCGAUGAACCAAAUUACUCCAUUGAACUUCUGGGUGGUGGUGCUACCCUCAAAGAUGUCAUUGAUACCCAUGUCUACGAGCAGGCGCUGGCUGAGAAGAAUGCGUUUUUCGUGGCUGACCUCGGGGUCGUGACACGCCAGCACGUGCGCUGGCGGGCCCACAUGCCCUCGGUCCGGCCUUUCUACCCGGUCCGGUGCAACAGCAGCCCAGCGGUCAUCGAGAUCUUGGCCACCCUCGGCGCUGGCUUCGUGUGCACUAGCAAGAAUGAGGUGGUGCUGGUGCAGAGCUACGGUGUAGCCCCGGAGAACAUCAUGCUGGGCGGCGUUUGCAAGCAGCUCUCCCUGAUCAAGUACGCCGCCAAGAGUGGAAUCAACCUGCUGGUGUGCGACAACGAGACGGAACUGCGCAAGAUCGCUCGCUGCCACCCGACCGCUAUGCUGCUACUGCAGGUGGCCACCGAGGCUCACGGUGAGGGUGAGGAGACGUGCAUGGCAUUCGGCUCCACGCUCAAGAGCUGCAGGCACCUGCUGGAGUGCGCCAAGGAGCUGGGCAUGCAGGUGGUGGGAGCCAAGUUCCACGUACCCACCUGCUGCACGGACCCUCAGGCCUACACCCACGCGGUUUCCGACGCUCGCUGCGUGUUUGACAUGGGGGAGGAGCUUGGCUUCAGCAUGAAGAUACUGGACAUCGGUGGGGGAUUCAGUGGCUCAGAGGUUCAGCUGGAACAGGUUCAUGGUAGCGUCACACCCUUGCUGGAUAUGUACUUCCCCUCAGUCUCCGGGGUGGCUCUCAUCGCUGAGCCUGGGGGUUACUAUGUGUCCUCUGCCUUCACCCUGGCUGUCAACAUCAUCGGCAAGGAAGUAGUGGCUCGGGAUCAGCAUGGCCAGCCCCUGGACGCGCUGACUCCGAACGACGAGCCAGAGUUCCUGUACUACAUGAGCGACGGCGUGUUCGGGUCUUUCGGCUGUAAGCUGCUGGACCACACCAUCCCAGCCCCGUCCCUGCACAAGAAGGCCCCUCUGGUGGAGGAGCCCGUGUUUGCCAGCAGCCUGUGGGGUCCUUCCUGCGACAGUCUGGACCAGGUGGUGGAGCACUGCCUGCUGCCCGAGCUGAGUGUGGGGGACUGGCUGGUCUUCAGCGCCAUGGGGGCCCACAGCCUGGGGGAGCCGUCGGCCCUCACCGACACACAGGAACCGCCCGUCUACUACGUCAUCUCUACGGACGAUUGGUACGAGAUGCAGGAUGCUGGAAUCACUCUGGACAGCACCAUGAAGAACUUCUCUCUGGUCCCUUGCAGCUUCCAGUUCAGCCCACAGGCAGAUGCCUUCUCCACCCUGGCCUAAUGUGACCCCUGACCCUGCUGGCUGUCCGCAGCGGUUGUCUGGUCAACAUUCCACGGGAAGGGACGGAGCGACGCCUAAAGGCGUUUUUAAUUUAAUGUUGAAAAAUGUUUUUACUGGGACCAGACAAAUUCGGUUUAAAGAGAAGCAAGACGUGUAUCCAGUUUAACCCCCCUACCCUUUUUAACAACCUGCUCAUUUCCGUGAUAGAAUAUGCAACAAAAUGGACGACUCGGUAGAGAUGGAAUCCCACUGCUGGGUUUCCUACUCAAUUACAGUUUACAUACAUGUUCAAUUUAUUUAAUUUUAUUUUAUAUGAAACCAUAUAUAUAUAUAUACAUAUAUAUGUGUUUAUAUAUAUAUAUACAUGUGUUUAUAUUUAUAUAUAUAUCUAUCUAUAUAUAUAUAUAUAAAUAUAAUUAUUACUUGUCACCAGUCUUGUAUGUCAGUUGUCUGCCCAUCGUGGUGCAGCUUAUAGAAACGUAUAAAAAACCUGAUUUCAAGAAAUUAAAUGCUUAAAAGAAAAUGUUAAUUAAUGCUUUGAUCAGCAGCAUUGCAAAAAUUUUAAAAACGCCUUCCUUUGUGCUAUGAAAAUUCUGACCCAAACCAUUCAUGAUCGCAAUAAAUUUUUUAUGUAGGUGUUAUUUAAAUAAGUUAAAACUUUAUGGGCAGAUCUGUGCUCUGCUGCUUAAGAUUUAUCUCAAUAUAAAUUAAUUUCACUUUGCUGUGUUACAAAAAGGUAUUGAGGUUUUUUAAACAAAAUAAAAGUUAAAAAAAAAACUAAAAAAAACGCCCAACAGGUUUGGAUUAGGUGUGAUGUGAUGUCGUAACCUCGGGAAAGCAAGACUCGGCCCCCACGGGCGUCGCCGUUUCCAGUAUUUUUUAAAAGAGGCCCAUCUCAUUGGGCGACUGGCGGUGUAGUGAGCAUCUGAUCGAAAGCUUCCUUCUUACGUCAGUGUUUCGCCAAAGCCAAAACGAGUGGUCGUUGUCGUCGCACUUGACUGUCCAUUUCGGCCAGAGCACAACUAGCGUGGAGGAGUUCUGUAGGAAAAGCCUAACUCCGUUUGAUGUGUAAGAUUUGUCCAGUGAAACAAUAUGAUGUCAUUUCCUCUUUCUCACCAGGGAGGACUCCAUUGCUGAGUUUCAUGUCUCUGGAGCCAUAUCUUAUUGAAAAAAUGUGUUGCAAUUUGAUGAGUUCAUUAUAAUGGUCUGCACCCAUUUGUAAAUCCUUCUCCGGAAAAGAUACAAGCUCUAAUGUAAAGUAAAAUUUUGUCUGAGGCACUAAUGGAUUGUAGCUUGUUUUUGACUGUAAAAUUUGUGCUCGGUAAAGUGGUGAAAGUGGUUAAUUUAAUACAUCUCUUUGACUGAACCAUGGUGUGCUGAUUGUAUUCUUUAUUAAAUUUUUGCAUGUGAAAACUA